GGUGUUUUUUGCAGAUGGACGAGAUGAGACCCGUCCUAUAUGCCUCCUGCGUCAAGCAGAUAAGCUCUGAGAAGUGUUGAUGACCUGGAUCGCCGGGUUAUAGUACCAUUACCACCGUCCGCCGCGUCGCUCUUAUGUAUGCCCUACUCGAGCGAUGACGUUUUGCCGCACUGCCGCCCACACGAUGCCCAAGACCUUGGGCAUCUCGUCACCGGCGCCAUCUGGAGCGACCGGGACAGGCUUCAUGCUGGGACAGCCAGGGCAUGAACAUCAGCAGACCGUGGUCAGAAUCAGGCUGUCUCUGCGCUGGACGAGCGAACCAAAGGGCUAUAUGCAGGGCGUUCCCUGCCGCUCGAGCUGGAAAUCAGGGCUGCAAGUCCGUUUGAAAGUGGCGGUGAUCCGCGGCGGCGUACGCCGGGGCCGGGUGUUGGUGGUUGCUUGGCUGGUGGGUUUGUCUUUCCUGAAACUUCAACAACAUCCACCUCACCACCCUUCUGCCUUCGCCGAUCGACAACAGCCUCAUACCUACCGCCAGGUGUCUUCGGGAUGGCCUGCAGAAUAUUUCUUUGUCGAACAGGCAUUCAGGAUAUGCUCUGAACCUGAUGAGCCCGAUCUUCUGCGAUCCUCAAGCGGUGCUCCGAUGGGCAUUGCGCCGCUCGACCCAAAUGAUAAUAACGACGCCUGCUUUUUUUCUCUUCGAACAUUGACUCACAUUUCUGUUGAGCUUGCUAGCAAGCAGAAUCUUUCCUUCCUCAUUGAUCCCAGUCAUUACAGCUCAACGGCGAAGUCGGCAUGUUGCUGGUCCAUUCGCUCGUCAUUUGCGGCGGAUGAGGUCAAACCUCCACCUUGACAGCCCGAAUCGCACUCGGCAUAUCAUACAUCUCGAAGUCGAAUCUGGUUCGAGUUGCGAGUGUAUUCGAAGUUCAAACACUGAUCUCACAGACCGUGGGCAAUUUCGCCUAUUUCGGGGGCUGUAACGAAGGUAUUGAACAUCGAAAUAUCGACACAAUACCCGUAAUGGUGAAGCACGUCGAUGAUGACAGUAGCUCAAGCAAGAGAUACACGGCGACUCAGUCUUGCCCAUAAGAUGUCGCUACACCAGAGUACAACGUCGAUUUAGCAUAUUAGCUGCAUAUGCCAUCCCUCGAUUCGUACAACCCAAGUCCAUCGACCAAAACAUCUGCU